GUUCUUCCAUAACUAAAAUCGCAACAGAUUCUUCAUCAGUUAUCUUAACACUUGACCGUGGCUAAGUGUCUUUCAUAGAUUUAUAUCUUGUUUUUGUUAUUCAAAUUUUAUGUUUAGAUGAAAAGUAAAGAAUUACUAUCUUCUUCCCAUAAGUGUCAUAUUUAGUGUGGGCGUGGAUUUUAAGAAAUGUAAAGAAAAGUGAGUUGAAUAAAUUAGUGGAUUAUGGGUCCCACUUAUAUAUAUUAGUUUUAUAAUAAAAUGUGAGUAGAAUUGGUUGGUGGAACGUGGGUUCUACUUACCAUUUAUGAUAAAAGUGAAAUGUGACUCUUAUUGUGGGACAGAUCAAAAUGACAAAAUGUGACAUUUAAUGUGGAACGGAGUUAGUAUUUAAUUGGAAAAAUGGUGAAAUAAAUAAUUCAAAAGAGCCUGUAGAGGAUCAAAAUUAGGUACAUCAAAAAGAGUUGUAUUGCUUUUUGGAUAAAUCUAAAAGAAACACUACUGCAACUCAUUUUGUGAACCAUUUAGUGUAUAUUUAAUUAUUUUCUAUUAAAAAUACGUACUUAUUUGCAUUUUAAGCCGUUCGUUAAUUAGUUACUUCCUCCCUCCGUCCCACAAGAAUAUACAUUCUUUCCUUUUUAAUUCGUCUCCAUCCGUCCCACAAUAAUAUGCAUUCUUUCUUUUUUUAAUUCGUCUCACAAGAAUAUGGACUUUCUAAUUUUAAAAAGUCUUUUAUCUCUGGACGAGAUCCAUUUUCACCUAACAAUAAUUUAAUUAGUUUUUCUCUAUCUCUAUUUUACUUAGUAGAUGGAAGAUAUAUAGAAAAAUGGUUUUCGUUUUCAAGGGAUUGGAAAAAGGCGCAAUUAGAAUCCGGUGAUCGGAAUCGGAAAGUCCCACUCGAAAAAGAAGGGGGUAAGGUAUCAACACGCACUCACUCACUCACACGGAUUGCGCUGUCCCGCAUAUUGAUCGACAGUAAAAGAUUCAAGAAUCUAAGAUGGCAGCCUCCAAUUACGGUGCGAAAUUUUAUGUGAUGAUAGUUUGCGCCGUGUUUUUACUCACUUCCGAUCUAGUUCUUGCCAAGUCUCGAACCCCCAUCUCUGACGCGGAGACUCGACAGAAGAAAAAUGAUUGCUAUGCAGACAUUGAGAGCGGAUUGUGGGGUGAGCUAUGCUCGUCUUCGACUAUUGCUAAGGAGAAUUGUGCUUUACGAUGCCUUUCGCCGAUUUGUUACGAGCUCAUCUACGAGAGUGAUCCGUUGGAAGAAGGGGAGAAAGACUUUACUAGGAGUUCGGAGUAUAAAUAUUGCAUGCAUAGGGCAUCUCUCGGAGAAAGCUUAGAUGGCAUUAGAGGAUCGUUCAACCAUUAGAAUGUUUGAUGCAUGAUGCAUCUCUGGGCAGUAGCAACAAAAACAAUUGUUGUCAUAGUAAUAAGCUCUGCUGUUUAAUCGGCUUUUAUGAUGUAAAUUUCGUAUGCAGAUUCAGCACUCUGUAUACCUCUUGUUCAUUGUUGCUUCUCCUAAGUAGAGAUUAUUUAAACUUUGUAUCAGUGAUGGAUACAGGCUUAAUUUUACCCAAUGAAUAGGUGCUUGUGCCGUUUUACA